AUGGCUGGGAAGAAAGGAGGGGGGGGGGGAGAGCAAAUGAAAUUUCUGGAUGACUUGUUACAUACUUUUGCAGAUUCUCCCGGGGCGCCUAGACAAUGGUGGUUUGGCGGUGGUACGGAUUUGACCCCUGCUUACCUUUGUGAGGAAGAUGCCAAGCAUUUCCAUUCGCUUGGAGGUGGGUCUUGGAAUACACUAAUGAUUUUUAUGUCUUUAGAGUUUAUGGUUGAAAAACAGGUCCAAAAAAGUACUUGUGACAAGUUUGACCCUAGCUUCUAUCCUAGAUUUAAAAAAUGGUGUGAUGAUUAUUUCUACAUUAAGGUUGCAGAUUACAAUUAUGCCCCUAAUUAG